AUGUCUGUAUCGGGCUUUGCGAGGCGUGCGUUGUGCAAGAUACCUUCUGCAACGCGAAGCCUGGCAUCGGUGGCAUCGUCGACUCCUCCUAACCCACAUACAGUGAGGCCCUUUGAAGUCUUCAACCGUCACGCGAAGCGCCUGCAGAAAGACCGUGCAGCAUCCAAGGCUGAUGGGGCGGCUAGUAGAACUGUUGACUACGUCCGAGAGGAGAUAGCGGACUCUCUGGUGGAGCGAUUCCUGGACAUAAAAAGAAGAUUUGAAACCGUUCUUGAUCUUGGAUCAGGCCCUGGGCAUUUUUCCAAGCUCCUUGAGAGGGAAGUGACUUCUAAGGUCAUCAUGCUCGAUUCUUCCUCGAAGAGUCUUCGUAGAGAUGAUGAUAGCGAGUUCGAUGCUGAGGUAGAGCGCAUCCAUGGGGACGAGGAGCGAUUGCUGGAGGUUAUACCUCGCAAUUCGCAAGAAGCGGUGGUCUCAUGUCUUAGCCUUCACUGGGUUAAUGAUUUGCCAGGAGUGUUAGUCCAAAUCAAAGAGGCCCUCAAGCCUGACGGUGUAUUUCUUGGCGCUAUGCUAGGUGGGGAUACGCUAUAUGAACUUCGAACGUCAUUGCAGUUGGCUGAAGUUGAGCGCGAAGGUGGAAUCUCACCUCAUGUCUCACCGAUGACUGACACCAAGGAUAUGACAAAUUUGCUGGGUCGAGCUGGCUUCAAUCUUUUGACCGUGGACGUUGACGAACUCAAGGUCAACUACCCCAGCAUGUGGGAGUUGAUGGACGACUUGAGGGACAUGGGUGAAAGCAACGCUAUCACGAAUCGGCGACAUUUCAUACAUCGAGACACCAUAGCAGCUGCCUCUGCCAUUUACAAAGAAAUGUAUGGUAACGAUGACGGUUCAGUUCCGGCAACUUUCCAAGUGAUUUAUAUGAUUGGAUGGAAACCCGCACCGACACAACCCAAGGCCCUGGAGAGAGGCUCGGGCCAGACGAACCUCAAAGAUAUCCUAUAAGCUGCUUGUUCGCCUAAAUUUUGGCGAUCUGUAUACAACUAUGAUAACCAUAAUUUGCCCUCGCCUGUGCAUGUAACCCGAGUUCGGGGUUAGGUGCAUGUCUCC